AUGGGCUUAAGGAGUUCAGUCUCUCAACUACAAAGCAAAUUAGAAGACGCGGAGAAAGAGAAUAAAGAAAUGACUUUGCGUAUCGCUCAGAAAGAAGAGGAAGUGAAUGAAUUACUUGAGCAUUCUGCUAAACAAGUGGAAGAUAUGAAGGAAUUAGAAAAGAAAUUGAAUCAAGCAGAAAGUCAACUCAAGGAAACACAAGCCCAAUUAAGAGCUGAAGAAAUAACACAUCAGUCGCUGAAGAAUCGUUGUGCUGAAGUUGAUGCCCUCCAAAAUCUUUAUGAACAAGUACUGACUGAGAACGUGUCUCUAAAACAGAAAGCAGCCUUACAACAUAAAGAUGAAACGGAAUCAGUUCCAGCAGAACAGAAGAUAGUUGAAAAGGAAUUACCUGUCACAAUCACUGCUCCAGAACCCAUUCAACCUCAAGAAGCUGGUAGUAAUCCUAGAACACUUAAUGCUAAUUUGGAAAGUAUGGUUAAAUCCCUAAAUCUUCUCUUAUCAUCUACCUCUACUCAAGGCUCUCCUUAUGAAUCUGCAAUAUCCAAAUCAAUCAUUAUUAUCCUUCAGCAUCAGUUGAAUCUUAUAAAUAGUCAUGUUCGCCCGCUCCCACCCAUACCUGACAAGGCAGUCCAUAGUUGUAUGAACUGUGGCAAUUCGUUUACCUUAUUCAGAAGAAGACAUCAUUGCCGAUAUUGCGGUGAAGUGUUCUGCUCUGCAUGUUGCAACAAGUACAUGACUGUCGAUAGGAUCGGAGAAGACAAGAUGGAGUAA